UAUUCCGCUGAGGAUUGCGGGCUCUGUCGCCUGGUUCAAGAUGGCGAAGGUUGCGUUUUAUGUCUGCUGUUUUCUUGUUUUCUUUUUUUUUUACAAUUGCGCCGUCGCUCUUGAUAAUGGACUUGCAUUAACCCCGCCAAUGGGUUGGAUGGACUGGGAGAAAUUUCGUUGUGACGUUGAUUGUGAAAAGGAUCCAGAAAAUUGUAUUGGUGAGAAGCUUUUCAUGACAAUGGCGGAUCACAUGGUUGCAGAUGGAUACCGAGAUGUUGGCUAUGAAUAUGUCUCUAUCGAUGAUUGUUGGACUGACCAUAACAGAACAGCAGAUGGCGAGCUUCAACCAGACCCCAAGAGGUUCCCUAGCGGCAUACCUGCACUGGCCCAGUAUCUCCAUGGAAAAGGACUGAAGCUCGGCAUUUAUGCAGAUUAUGGCACCAAGACUUGCGCAGGUUACCCUGGCUCUAUAGACCACAUCCAACAAGACAUGAAUACUUUUGCAAAGUGGGGUGUUGACUAUCUGAAGCUUGAUGGUUGCUAUAGCGACCCUAAGACAUAUGACACAGGGUACCCAAAAGUAACAGCAGCCCUGAAUGUGACGGGACGGCCAAUCGUGUUCUCCUGUAGCUGGCCAGCUUACCAGGUUGGGGCAGGAAUAAAGCCAAAUUAUGCAAGGAUUGCUGAGUUCUGCAACCUUUGGAGAAAUUAUGAUGAUAUCCAGGAUUCUUGGGGUAGUGUCCUCAGCAUUAUAAAUUACUAUGGUGAUAGCCAGGAUGACCUGGUGCCAGUGGCAGGACCAGGACACUGGAAUGACCCUGACCAGCUUAUUAUUGGUGACAGCUUGACAGUGGAUCAAGCCAAGGCACAAAUGGCAAUAUGGUCUAUCAUGGCGUCUCCGCUGAUUAUGUCCAACGACCUCCGCACAAUCAAGCCUGAAUUCAAAGCCAUUCUACAGAACAAGGAGAUAAUAGCUGUCAAUCAGGACAAGCUUGGCAAGAUGGGCUCUAGACGUUUUAUGAAUAAUGCCAUCCAAGUGUGGUCGCGGCCCCUCGCAGAUGGAUCAGUGGCGGUCGCUGUCAUCAAUGUGGCAAGCAGUGCACAUACUGUUCCUGUGAGUUUUGAAGAGAUCGGGCUUAGGGCUAGCACCGCAUCAGUCCGUGAUCUAUUCGCUUUCCAAAACUUGGGUGAUUUUACCAAUGGCUUCACGACAGCGGCCAUCAGGCCCACAGGGGCCUUGAUGUUCAAAGUUACUGCCUCGAAGCAAUAGCUAGGUCAGGCCUUGUUGCAAGUAACAAUAUGACAGUUAGCCAUUAUGACCAAGUUUUUCUUUUAUUGAAAAAUAUAUAAUGAUUUCGGUAAAAAUCUUACAAUAUGUCAAGCAUGAAAGAGAAGUUGUGUGUUUAGAAAUAUAUGUUUAAUUUUUCGCUUUUCUGCUAUAGAAAUUUAGUUGGUGAUGUGAAAAUUAGACAAUACAACUUAGACAAUAGCUAGAAUAAAAAUAGCCCUUAGGAAAAAAAAUGCAAACAGACAAUGUUCAAAAAGAUUGCAAAUGGACCAUUAGAGGUUGCCCUAGAUCCUGUCCCAGAAUUCUUAGUGACUGAUAACAUGGCGCACGUAAGGCCAAUUUAAGAUCAAGACGAAUAAAUCAGCUGGCCCCGACACGGUGCCAAAUCUCCUUUUUGAAGAUUGGCGUAUUGCGCGCGGAUUAUUGAACUGACAUUUUCGCUAAAGAAAACAAAGAAAACAUUAUGUCUCUGCGUAUUUCGGCCCAUUACUUAAAAAUUACCUUUUACCUAUAAUUGUGUAAUGCCUAGUGGUAGAUUCAACUUCAAUCCUAUUCCAAUAAAAGACUCAAUCGAA